AUGGGCAGCAUCGGCGACCAUCAACAAACAGGCCAAAAUGGAGGCACCUCACAGCCACUGGAUCUGACUGUUCUCGGUCUUAACAGCGGCACAAGUAUGGACGGGAUCGACUGUGCCCUGUGUAGGUUUCGUCAAAGAACCCCAAACGACCCAGUCGAAUUUGAAUUGCUGAAGUAUGGAGAAGUGCCCUUAGAGCCAGUGAUCAAAAAGCGAGUGAUGCAGAUGAUCUUACACAACAAGACUACUCCCGAAGAGCUCUCAGAAGUCAACGUUCUUCUUGGCGAAACCUUUGCUUCGGCCGCAAAGAGUUUCUGCAAGCACAAUGGCGUCGACUUCCACAGUAUCGAUGUCAUUGGCUCUCACGGUCAGACCAUAUGGCUUCUGAGUAUGCCAGAGCCAGGUCAAACAAAGAGUGCCCUGACGAUGGCGGAAGGGACUUUCAUCGCCUCUCGGACUGGCAUCACUACAGUUACAGACUUUCGGGUCAGUGAUCAAGCCGCUGGCAGGCAAGGUGCGCCUCUCAUCGCCUUCUUCGAUGCUCUCCUUUUGCAUCAUCCAACAAAGCUUCGUGCUUGUCAAAACAUUGGCGGCAUUGCGAACGUGUGCUUCAUCCCUCCUGAUUGUGAUGGCGGCGUUGAUGAAUGCUUUGACUUUGACACGGGCCCUGGCAAUGUAUUCAUAGACGCAGUCGUGCGGCACUACACCAAUGGCGAGAUGGAAUACGACAAGGACGGCUUGAUGGGCAAACGAGGAGUUGUCAACCAAGAUCUCGUCGACGAUUUCCUGCGGCAUGAAUACUUCUCCCUGGACCCGCCCAAGACGACAGGCCGCGAAGUGUUCCGGGAUACAUUUGCGUUCGAGCUCAUUCGAAAGGCUGAAGCCCUGGGAAUGUCCCCAGACGAUGUCGUGGCCACAACAACCCGCAUCACAGCGCAGGCAAUCGUUGAUCAUUACAAGCGCUACGCUCCUUCGCAAAACAUCGACGAGCUCUUCAUGUGUGGCGGAGGUGCCUACAAUCCGAAUAUUGUGGAGCACAUACAGAUGCAUUAUCCGCAAACGACAAUAUACAUGCUCGAUGACGCAGGAGUUCCAGCCGGUGCAAAAGAGGCUGUAACGUUCGCCUGGCAGGCUAUGGAAGCCGUCGUGGGGAGAUCUAUUCCCGUGCCGAAUCAGGUGGAGACGAGGAGAGAGUAUGUCCUUGGGAAAGUCAAUCCCGGGGAGAACUACAGAGCUGUGAUGCGGAAGGGUAUAUUGUUCGGUGCGGCUGAGGAUCAUCUGCCGCCAGUCAGCGAGAUGGUUCUGCUGAAACAAGGAACAAGGUUCGACAACAAAUGGUAA